CACCACCAAACGGUAUCUUCGUUUCCCUCCAAUCGGAUUUACGGUGCCAAAUUCCGUGCUCUUAUCCCUCCAAUUCCUCCUCAGUCCCUCUCUCUCUCUGUGAAUUGUUCAAAUCCCACCCCUCCGCCAUGGAGCUCAGUCCUCGGCACCACCGGUGCAUUUGCUUGGAGAGUGUUGGCUCGUCCUCCUCCUCUCACCGCCCUCUCCUUGUUUCAAUUUCGCCUCGGAAGACCAGGCUCCUCAGGUCCGUACCUUCUUUCAGAUCGAUUCGCCAGAGAAAUCUGUGCUCCGCCUCCAGCUCCGAGACGUUGGUUGGGUCGCGGAAGGAGGACGGCGGCAAGCACAGUCAGGUCGUGAGCAAGAAAGACGAGGAGGAAGACUUGAAAUCUUGGAUGCACAAGAACGGGCUGCCUCCUUGCAAGGUCGUGCUCAAGGAGAAACCUUCGUACGACGAGAAGCUCCGGCCCAUUCACUACGUUGCUGCAAGCGAAGAUCUUGAGGUUGGUGAUGUCGCAUUUUCGGUGCCGGAUUCCUUAGUUGUGACUCUGAAGAGAGUGUUAGGGAACGAAACACUUGCUGAAUUAUUAACUACGAACAAAUUAUCGGAAUUGGCAUGCUUGGCAUUGUAUCUGAUGUAUGAGAAGAAACAAGGAAAUAAGUCAUUUUGGUAUCCCUAUAUAAGAGAGCUUGAUCGUCAGCGAGGGAGGGGUCAGUUAGCGGUGGAGUCACCCCUUUUAUGGUCAGAAGCGGAACUGGCUUAUCUUACAGGAAGCCCCACAAAGGCCGACGUUCAUGCAAGGGCCGAAGGAAUUAAAAGGGAAUAUAAUGAGCUUGACACGGUCUGGUUUAUGGCUGGUUCCCUAUUUCAGCAAUACCCAUAUGACAUUCCUACGGAGGCCUUCCCAUUUGAGAUAUUCAAACAAGCUUUUGUUGCAGUUCAGUCUUGUGUAGUGCAUUUGCAGAAAGUUAGUUUGGCUCAGAGAUUUGCUUUGGUUCCUCUUGGGCCCCCAUUGUUAGCUUAUGGAAGCAACUGUAGGGCAAUGUUGACAGCUAUUGAUGGCGCUGUUCAACUAGUGGUCGAUAGGCCAUAUAAGGCAGGGGAGUCUAUUGCUGUUUGGUGUGGACCACAGCCCAAUUCAAAGUUGCUUAUAAACUAUGGUUUUAUUGAUGAAGAUAAUUCUUAUGACCGUUUGGUGGUUGAGGCAGCUUUGAAUACCGAGGACCCACAAUACCAAGAUAAAAGAAUGGUUGCACAACGAAAUGGAAAACUAUCAGUACAAACUUUUCAGGUAUACGUGGGAAAGGAAAAGGAAACGGUCUUCGAUAUACUUCCCUAUCUGCGACUGGGCUAUGUUUCAGAUCCUUCAGAGAUGCAGUCUGUUAUCUCUUCUCAAGGUCCAAUUUGUCCGGUGAGUCCUUGUAUGGAACGAGCAGUGUUGGACCAACUGGCUGAUUAUUUUAGAACGCGGCUGGCUGGCUAUCCAACUACAUUGAGUGAAGAUGAGUCUUUGUUGGAAGACGCUAAUUUGAAUCCAAAGAAGCGAGUUGCUACACAGCUUAUCAGACUAGAAAAGAAAAUGCUCCAUGCAUGCCUGAAGGUGGUAGUUGAUUUGAUAGACCGGUUACCAGAUGACACUAUAUCACCAUGCCCAGCUCCUCAUGCCCCUUCGUUGAAAUAAAAAGACUAUGGAACUUCUGUGCACUACGUGAUUUAGUUCAAGUGGUAGAACAUAAUGCGGUUAAGUUGACGGAAAUUUGUGAAUGUGCUGGGAUACGGGCAAAGAAAGAGAGUGCGUGGGAACAAAUGUUACUAAGAAUCUUAAAAGCAGUGGUAUUUUUUCAAAAGAUACAUGGAAAUUGAAUGACUUUAGUUGAAUUAUGUUGGACCGAACAAUCUGCAACCUAGCGUGAGGAACCUAAAAAACUAUUCGAACUCUGUUUAUCCGUAUCUUUCUGCUCCACAACAUAUGAUGUCUUGUUUCCUUGAGAGGUGAUCAUUACUUGUGUUAGUUUCCUCGACAAGAUUUUACUGCGCUUGUCUGUUUAAAUCCGUUGUCGUUAGGGGAUUUCUGGAGUUUUAGGGCUUGUUUGGAUGUGCUUUUAAAAUAACUGAAAACGCUUUGAGAGUAAAUAUUUUCUGCAAGAAGCACAUAACAUUACUUGUGUUAGUUUCCUCGACAAGUUUUACUGCGUUUGUCUGUUUGAAUCCGUUGUUGUUAGGGGAUUUCUAGAGUUUUAGGGCUUGUUUGGAUGUGCUUUUAAAAUGACUGAAAGUGCUUUUAGAGUAAAUAUUUUCUGCAACAAGUACCAGUUAUGUGCUUCUUGCAAGAAGCAUUUUAAGUGUUUUUUCAGGAUUUACUUGCAUCUUUACUAAUGAUUGAUUCUAAAAACAUUUUCAUUAAAAGCGCUUAAAAUCCAAACGAGCUCGUAGCCUUAUUGCGUUUGCUUUAACGUUAAUUUCUGAUUGCUAACAGAAUAGAAACAUUUCGUAGUUGAACAGAUGCAGCCUACAAAGUUCCUUUCCAAAACCAUUUAUUUUUGCAGAUAGAUCAAAGGAAGUGGGCAACGGACAGGGCAACCAGGAGAACCGUAAUAUUUGUCUGUCCCUCCAUCAGUCAGGCAUCAACGAGGAGAGAAUCAGGCAUAUUUGUAUUCAGUAAGCUGUAAAUUCCUUUCCACUUGCUUGUCAGCAUACAAUAUGAUCCCACCCGACAGUCCCCAUCGUAUAUUCCCCCGAAUUCAUUUUCUUCCUACCUUCAGAUGAAUGCGGUGUCAACAGAGAACCGCCUUGUAAACGGGCAAAGAACGAAGGGAAACAAAAAUGGAAUGAAGGAUCGAUGCCUUGAUGAUUUUGGUAGUAGAUGUAAUCUUGGUCAUUCUCUGUAAAUGUGAAUCGGGAUGACCACCCUCUUGGUCCAGUCCAGUUGCGUUCAAUGUACAUUACUGAGUUCAGAAUAUGCAUACCUUUCAUGUAAAA